GGCAGGGAAGGCAAGUAGGGGGACCUCGAGCAGCGCGUGCUUGCAUCUCCUGUUGUUUUUCAGCCGCUACGGGAGGAACAGGGGAACUACGGACGAGUCGGCAUUUUGGAGCUAAUUGACUCCGAACAUUCUCCGCCGGAGCUGACAAUUGGUCAGCAGAGGAAAUUCACCAAAAGAAAAAACCAUGAGGAAAGCAUGGGAAUUUGAAUAAUCCUUUCAGGAACACAGAUCACCUCUGACUUGUGGCCCAAAAUAUCCACCAGCCUCCAAGUAUUGAACCUUCUGGCGUUGUACUAAGCUGCCACUCAGAUUACAUUCCCACCACAGACCAGAAAGUGGUCAGCAGGCCUGCACUGGUGCUAUGUUCUGAGAUCUACGGUAAAAGCAAAGAAGACAAGGGAGGGAGGACUUUCCAGGCAUCUGUAGGUCGUUGUCACCUCUGCAGUCUGGUUUGGGGAGUUUCAGGAUGGAUGAAGCUAUAGAGCUUUCGAAUGAUGGGAACUCUCUAAUAAAAGCAGUUUAUCAAAGCCGGCUGCGUCUGACCAGGCUCUUGUUGGAAGGUGGCGCUUACAUCAACGAGAGUAACGAUCGUGGGGAAACCCCUUUAAUGAUAGCUUGUAAAACUAAGCAUAUCGACCACCAGAGCGUCAGCAAAGUCAAAAUGGUCAAGUAUCUGUUGGAAAAUAAUGCUGAUCCUAACAUACAAGACAAAACUGGCAAAACAGCCUUGAUGCACGCCUGCUUAGAAAAGGCUGGCCCUGAAAUAGUUUCUUUGCUGAUCAAAAGUGGUGCCGACUUGAGUCUGCAAGACCACUCUAGUUACUCAGCCCUCGUUUAUGCCAUCAAUUCAGAGGACAGAGAUACCUUGAAGGUUCUCCUCAAUGCUUGCAAGGCAAAAGGAAAAGAAGUCAUUAUUAUCACCACAGCUAAAUCUCCCUCCGGGAGGCACACUACCAAGCAGUACUUGAAUAUGCCCCCUGGGGAUAUGGAGGAAUUUCAUUCUCCAGCCACGUGUACCACCCCUUCGGAAAUAGAGAUUAAAACCGCUUCUUCUCCCCGGUCAAACUCCUCUGAAUUGGAUAAAGGUCUUUUUGGCUUUAAAGAUCUGGAUCUUUCAGGUAGCAGUGACGAGGCUUCAGAACCAGGUUCCCCUACUAGAAGACCUGCUGCAGUUCAUAGUGGGCCUAAGUUGGGCCAAGCGCAACACCUGCAUUUAGAUCCUUGGAUAAAAAGCUCUCCUUCACUCUUGCACCAGGGUAAAGUGGCCUCUUUACAAGAAGAACUUCAGGAUAUUACACCGGAAGAAGAAUUCUCUCUGAAAAUAAACGGGCUAGCCUUAUCCAAGCGGUUUUUCACACGACACCAAAGUAUUGACGUGAAAGAUGCCACACAUUUGUUAAAGGCCAUUGAACAGGCUGGUUCCAGGAAGCUGUCUUACGAUGAGAUCCUUCCACCUCCUUUCUUUUCAGAAGGAAGCAAUCCCUGCAGUGACAUCCCUGUGGAUCAGGACCCGGACUCAGCAGCCCAGGCAAUGUUUGUCACCCUGAGAAAUAUCGUCCAAAAGAGAAUCGGGGCGAAUCACUAUAGUUCGGAUUCUCAGCUUACUACCUGUCUGGCUCCGCCAACUUCGGAAGAGGGAAAAACAUUUGUAGGAAAGAAAAAAAUCUUCUCCCCAUCUCCACCGGGGCUGGCGGGGUCCAAGGAAUUGCCAGAGAAUGUGCCUCCCGGACCCCUGAGCAGGAGAAAUCACGCGAUGCUGGAAAGACGGGGUUCGGGGGCCUUCUCACUAGAUCACACUGCACAAACCCGCCCAGGGUUUCUUCCCCCCUUACAUGUGAAUUCCCAUCCUCCUAUCCAGGAUGUUGGUGUUAGCAACAAGAUUUCCAGUCUCUUUUCUUGUGGACAAAAAAUAUUCAUGCCAACGGUCCCUACUUUUCAAGAGUUCAAAAGCAAGAAAAUGUUGUUAAGGAGACAAUCAUUACAAACGGAACAAAUUAAGCAAUUAGUAAAUUUUUAAGAGAGAGUCAAUAAACACAUUUACAUAACGUGUCAGUGUCUGAAAGACAGAAGGAGCCUUGAAUGGUCAAAGCCCAUGCUCUUUCCUCCACGGAAACAGUCAGUAACUCAGUGGGUAUCCAUUAGGAGCUGAGCAUUAUUUUAGGCACUGUGGUGAUACAUCCUUAGAUAAAAGAGAUAGAUAGUCACUGCCAUUGAGCAGUUCGAAACACCUAAACUAUCGUGUGUGUGAGUUUAUGUGUGUGUGUGUGUCUGUGUGUGUGUGAAUCUACUGGUGAGGAAACUUUCCACCAAUACAGAUGUACAACUUACCUGUAACUUGCUUAGCAUAGUGCCUGGUACAUAGUAGGUGCUAAAUAAAUGCUUGUUGACUGACUGACUUUAUAGAACACUAAGAAAUGAAGUGAUUUUCCCAGGGUCACACAGCUAGAAUGUUUCCGAGGUAGGAUUUGAACCACCCCUUUCCUGACUCAGGCCAGUUCUCCAUCCACUACACCACAUGGCCUCUCACUAUAAGUACAGAUAUGAAGGUCCUAUUUCUAAUAGAACCUUUCAUCUUCCUCAUAAUAACACAUAAUAACCAUGUUUAAUAACCUUCAUGUGGUCCAAGUUUUUAAAUACAAAUCAGUAAAGAAAAAAAGAUCACAUGGUUUUGUUGCAGUUCCGUAGACUUUCCAUAUUUACCCAAAUAUUUUAUAAAAUAACUCUAUUCAAGUCAAUGAAUAUUAAAGAAGCCCAUGCUGACCAAAGGUAGAAAAGUAAAACACUAUGACCGCUAUAAAAUUUUCCAGCUACCCUCCUCCCGCAGAAAAAAAAAAAGUAAAAUCAAUUAUCUUAGGGGUAAGUAUGAAUUUAAUUAAAAUUUUUAAAGAAAACACAUUGUGCAGUGAUACUAAUAAAUUUAUUUGGGAUCUAACAUUCCUAUAUUAAGCUGCUGCAUCACUAUGAGAACACUAAUCAAUGUGGCAAGUAUUGAUAAAAAGAUUAUAGGCUAUUUCAGUACAUACCUUUGUGUGUGUGUGUGUGUGUGUGGUUAUGCUCUGACCCGCUUUCUUCUCCAUACUUAUUAACUUCUAUGAUCAUCAAUGGAAAUUACCCAUAGAUUGUCAGUAGCAAGCUAUGCAUAUAGUUAUAGGUCAAAAGUAAAGGAACACUCAUUUUGAAUUAUAUAAAAUAACUUAAGGGGUUAUUUCCAAAGAAGCACCCAUUUAAUUGAGAACAAAUUAUCUUUAGUUUCUGGUAAGCACUGACUACAAUGUUCAUGUAGUUUAAAUACUGAAUAUAAGGUUACAUUUAAUUAAGAAACCCAAUAGAAACAUAAUUAAAAAGUAUACUAACGGGCUAGAGAUUUCAUUCUAAAUAUUUUAUUUCUUAUUUUCAAUGAUUAGGCUUAUUUGUAUAGAAUUGUAUCUGUAUAGCCCCAAAUUUUAUUCUAGCAUAGUAUUUCCAUUCAUCUAGUUUUUAGUACCUGGGAAUGAUUUCCAAACAAUAUAAAAUGAAAACCAUUGUCCUCUUAUGAUUUGGAAAUAUGAUGUUAUAAAAACAUAAUUCCUUAUCUUGGACAUCAUAGUUAUAUAACAACUGUGAACAAAAUUACAUAGCACCUGAAAAUAUGAAUUUAAUAUCUGUGGUUCACAGCUUUAGAUCUUUCUCCACAUCAUUCUAGCAUUAACCUAAUAAGUAAUUGUGUAGGAAAACAAUUCUGUAUUUCCUGACUUCCAGUUUAUGCUGCUUUUCUUGGUAAUUUGAUAGAAGCAAGUGGCAAUGUACAUGGUAGUGGUUUAGUUGUGUGUAGUUGAAUAUUUUAUUUUAUUAUUUAUUUGUUUGUUUGUUUUGGGUGAGGCAAUUGGGGUUGACUUGCCCAGGGUCAUACAGCUAGUAAGUGUUAUGUGUCUGAGGCCAGAUUUGACCUCAGGACCUCCUGACUCCAGGGCCAGUGCUCUAUCCACUGUGCCACCUAGCUGCCCCAUAGUUGAAUAUUUAAAGAAAAUCAAUAUUUAAUUGCAGGGUUUUGUUACUUGAUGUUUCUGUGGAUGAAUCAUAUGAUCAAAAAUAUCUUUUAUUAUUUUUUUAUCUAUAGCAUUGUUCUAAGGAAAUAUACCUGGUGUUUCUAGAUGUUGCUGUUGUUGUUCAGUCAUUUCAGGCGUUUGACUCUCCAUGACCCCAUUUUUGGGGUUUUCUUGACAAAGAUACUGGAGAGGUUUACCAUUUCCUUCUCCAGGUGUUUAUGGAUAGCUAAGUCCAUUGUUACAUUUUUUAAUACUUGCAGAAUUGUUUGCUUUUAGUUUAAAGAUGUACAUUGGAAAGAACAUGUAUAUGGUUCUAUUCAUAAAACAAUAUACUCUAUGAAU